AUGAAGAUUCAAAUUAUGCUUUUUAUUCUUAGUAUAAUUUUCCACAUCUCCUCAUCUUCAUCUUCAUUAAUCUCCACGAAGCUGAAAACAACCUUAAAGUGCGGGGAAUGCCCCUGCACUCUCAAUAACCCCUACACCCUGCUGCGGCCGCCACUACCGCCGCCGCCGCCAAUGCAGUAUUAUUGCAGCCCUCCGCCGCCGCCGCUGCCGCCGCCGCCGCCGAGAUUUGUAUACGUGGCGGCGGCGCCUCCGCCACCUCCUCCGAGGUUUGUUUACACGACGGAUCAGAAUUAUUUUCCCCGAGUCGGUAACUACCUGUAUCCGUCGGAACCGCUCGACAUGGAGAUAUACUCCGCCGCAACUGUGUGUGAAAUUGAAAUUAAGGUGGCGCUGCUGCUGUUUCCUGUUGUUAUGAUUGUCUUCUUAGGAUUUUAA